GCCGACGCGUCGGCACUCGGCUCGACAAAAGUUCCAUAAAAAAAUAUCAUAACAACAAUAAGCAUACACAGGCUCAAUUUUAUCUUGUUCCUAAGACCAUUUCAUAAGAAAAAUCCACGUCAUAUAUCGAAUAUAAUAUAUUCAAACCGGCACAGUUAAGGUCACGAGAUGCGGAAACUACGUGGAGGACAGGCCAAAGAAACGAGGAAGCAGAAGCAAGAACGCCGGUUGGAGAAUGCCAAAAUCCAAGAACAACUGAAAACAAUCGUUCUUCCCACCUGUGGAGUCAUUUUCUUGUGCAUCGUGGUCUAUGUCCUUUUGAAGACCCGACCCAGAUUCGAGGAACUUUAAAAGUUUAGAACUUUAUUUUUCUUCCUAUGAGAAAUUACUGCUGUCUAUUUAAGCUGUUAUUUCAUUCCUAUAUAAGACAUAAUUGAACUGUUAUUUCUGUUAGAGCAUUUAAUAUUUUCAUUACAAUUUGUCGAUGUGUAUAAAAGAUAAAACACAUCUUAGUCUUUCAGUAAAUUAAACUGAUCCAGAUUUUCUUCAUUUAUUUUUCAUAGCAGAUAUCGAUAUUUGUAAACGAAAUAUUAAGAUGUCUGGGACCUUUGAAUUUUGUUUCUUUGUUUCCAUAGCAUUAUAUAAAUUCAACAAUAUUCACAUUUAUAUCUAACUAUAUAAUAAAUUAUAAACAGAGAUAUAUUUUCAAAAUAUAUACCACUCGGAUAAGCAUUUAUAUUGAAA